AUGCCUUUAAACACGGUUAAUUUAUACGAAGAACAUGUGCGAGUGCCAGCUCUUACUGCACCCGCUUCCAAAAUUUUGCCGCUUUAUCGAGCUCGUGGUCACUACGGGCCUACGCCCACAGAGCUGAACGACCAAGACUUUAACUUAGCUAUUAAUUCAGAACCUACAGAUAGUUAUGUUAUUCCUUCUUCUAUAUUAGCACCUUCUCAAGAACCCAUUAAUCAUCAUUCACCUAAAAGAGCUAAAAUAGUGAACGAACAACCCAGGAAAAAGGUAAUUCGCAAAGUUAAACCUAAACGAGCUCUAGCUCGCAAUAAACAUGUUGCUCCAACGAACCAAGAAGAGGAACAUCCGGUAUCAACGUUUCACGAGCAAUUCUACUCUGAUGUUCAAGAUGCAGGUACAAUAAGGAAGAUUAAGAAACCGCCACGAGUUGAAAAAAUUGUUGACGGUAAUACAGAACACAUUCACACUUACAGUGAGGAACAUAUUCACAAAGUUGUGUACGACGAUGAACCUAAAUAUGCUAGUAUGGUUGAGAUACAACCAAUCGGUGCUAUGUCAGCGUUUAAUACUCAUCCAUUUACUUCUUAUAAGAACGUCCAAUUGCUGGCUAUGGCCUCGGAUCCAUAUCAAACUUUAGCAGUCGCAGGUUCUAUGGAUACUCCGUCUCAAUAUGAAUACGCAGCAUACAAUCCACACGAAGUUACUCAUGACCAUAUAUUUCACGAUCAUGGUGAGCUACCCGAAGAAAUUGACGUAAGCAAAGACGUUUUAAGCAUUCCUCCAAGAGUGUCGUAUAAUAGACAAGGAAACCAAAUUGACAGUGGUCUGCCAAAGAGAAUAAAAAACAAAUACAUUCAAAGUACCACAAAUGCACCACUUACGGACUAUUCUUAUUAUGAAAAUAUUUAUUCGUCGAAUCGAGUCAAACCCAAAAAAGUAACGACACCAGUGUACGUAUCUUCACAAAGUGAAAAUAUAAAUGAAUAUAAGCCUAUAUCUACUUAUAGAUAUAAAGAUAAUGUAAAAAGUAAAAGUCGCGGUAAAGUUUCUACAUAUUUCGGGAAACCAGCACCCGAUUACCAAUUGAAGCUACCGUCUAACGUUCCAGCUCCAUUUUCUGUUUCAUCGAAAAUUAUUCACGAUUAUAAGCCACUCACACAAAGUUAUUCAGGAGCAAUGUCGGGUGCAAAUGGUUUUUCGAUUUACGAUGAUCCUUUUACUACAUUCAAAGAUAGUUAUUUAAACAACUUUGAAUAUGAUAACUAUGCCUCGUCAUCAAACUUACAGUAUUCUGAAGACAAAAGCAAUAAUUCUGCUUAUAGCAAUACUGACAGAAAAAGUAGAAAGAAAUCAAUCUCUACGCAAAAUAUUAGAUUUGGAAGCCAAACCCAGAAUACUUUUGAUGAUAAUUUAUCAAACGAAGCUUUUGGUGAAAAUGAUGGGGCACCUUCUGCUUUGGAAAAUGUUGAUAGCUAUGAUCAAGCACAGUUUGCUAAUAGCGUUUCUUCAAAAUCAUACGCUGCCAAGGAUCCAUCCUCAUCUUACCACUAUUAUACUGGAAUGGCCUUUGACCAGCAAUCUAUUCCCGAAGCGUCGAAUGACAACUAUCAGUAUGCAGAAGCACCAAUUACUUCUACUACGUCCUUUCCUUCAAUCGUUGUAACACCGAUUUCAACACAACAACUUCAAACUGAAUAUAGUAGCAAUCCAACAAUAAAGCCAUCCGAAUUUCAUAAUGAAAACGAACAUAAUAUAAGAUAUAAAGAAAGCGACGUCAAUAAUGCAGUAAAUACAACUUCUCGAGAAAAGUAUCGAGUUUUAAAAGAAAUACAAACUUCAGACAAAACACAUAAGUCCCGUUUUCAUUCUAAUUCAGCCCCUUCAUUAAGUGGCACAACAGAAAAAAGUAAACUUAAAUAUGGUGACAAAAUUUAA